AAAAAGGAGCUUAUUACUUUUCAUAUCGGUCAAUGCGGCGUACAAAGUGGCGUUCAUUUUUGGGAACAGCUCAUCUAUGAACAUGAUAUAAGCCCUGACGGUUAUUCUGAAAUAAAAUAUAUGAACUCUGAGGAAAUGCUCGAACCAUUUGGUUUUUUUAAUGUGAUGAGAGACGGUCGCUAUGUACCGCGAACUAUUUUUGUCGACACGGAUCCAACGACUGUCGAGGAAGCAAGGCAUGCUUUGCUCAGAAGUCUCUUUAAUCCGCGUUGCUUCUUUAAUGGAAAGGAGGAAGCGGCGAGUAACUAUGCUCGGGGACGUUUUAUACUUGGUGCUGAUCUGAUUGAGCCUAUUAUUGACCGCAUUCGACAGGAAGUUGAAGCCACUGACAACUGCCAAGGCUUUAUCGUUAAUCAUAGCAUCGGCGGUGGCACUGGUUCCGGUCUAACAGUCCGCAUCAUGGAGCACCUCACCAACGAAUACUGCAAAGCUAUUAGCAUUCAGUUCCCAAUAUUUCCAUCAGAAUACCUAUCGACCACUGUAGUCGACCCCUACAAUGCCGUCUUGCAUUGCGGUUUCAAUGUUUCCAACAGCAAUAUGACGGUUAUGAUGGAUAACUCUGCGAUAAUGGGGCUUCUUUCUCGUCACCUCCAAAUCGAGAAGCCUACAGUUGUCUUCUUAAACCGCCUCAUUGCUCAAAUCCAGAGUAAUUUUUUCUGUGGUUUUCACUACAACGGCGACCCGAUCUGCAGUACAAUGGAGGAGGUGACAACCAACCUAAUUCCUUUUCCUGAGCUCCAUUAUAUCUACAUUCGUCAUGCCCCCAUUGUUGCCGCGCGUCGUCACGAUUACCAAACCCAAAACAACCCACCUGAGGACAUCGUGAAGGCUGCACUCAAGCCUCAGUACAACACAUUAUCCGCUGACAAGUACACUCGAAGCAAAAUACUAACCACAGUUCUCUCCUUCCGCGGUGUGGCUGCCGGAUGGCAACGUACUCUAGCCUCUACCAUCCUGCAGUCAAAGAUGAACCAAUCUAUGAAUAUCGUAGACUGGUGCCCUACUGGUGUAAAAGUUGCAGUGCAUGCUGUUCCUCCCCUAAAACCCGUGCCUGAGUCCUGUCUCACAGAGAGUCCGAUCAACUUAACCAUGAUUAUUAAUGGGACGGUAACCACUCAACGUGCGUUGCAGACAAUCAAUGCGCAAUUCAACAAACUAUACGAAAGACGUUGCUUUGUGCAUUGGUUCGUGGGCGAAGGAAUGGAGGAGGGUGAAUUUAUGGAGGCCUCGGGGGCUGUUAGUGAGGUCAUUGAGCAGUACAGGAAUGCGGAGAAGACCGAGGAGUAG